AUGGCCGUCGCGACAGCCUUGCCCAGGCUCCUCCCCCGGCGAGGACACAAUCUGGCAUGGCACCCGUCCUGGAAGCGCACACCCGCUAGGUUGAGCCACGGCCAGCGUCGCACCGAGUCGAGCAAAGCAAGCCCGGAGCCGAAUGACAAUGAUACGCAAGCGCAAGGGGAAGCGAUCCCCGUGCCCAACACCAUUGCGACGACCCCCCUCUGGCAACGACUCGGCCCGUUGACGAGGGCGGCGGAAUCGUACGGCCGGUCGCAGAGGAAGAGGCCGUACUGGACACAGUUCUGCACCACCUUGGUCAUUUACCUGUGCGCCGAUAUCUCGGCACAGAGCAUGGGGGGGGAGGAAUACGCGCCGGAACGGACGGGCAGGUCGUUCAUGAUCGGGGCUCUCUCGUCGAUUCCCAGCUACAAAUGGUUCAUUUUCCUGUCGCAAAACUUCAACUACGGGUCGAGGAUGUUGUCGCUCGGGGUCAAGGUCGCCAUCAACCAGGCCUUCUUCACCCCCUUGUUCAACUCGUACUUUUUCGGCAUGCAGGCCCUCCUGGCGGGCGAGGGCCUCGGACAGGUGGCGGAGCGGAUACGGCGGACGGUGCCGACGAGUGUGGUCAACUCGUGCAAGCUCUGGCCGGCCGUGACGGCUUUCAGCUUCACUUUCAUUCCCAUGGAGUACCGGAGCGUCUUCGCCGGGGUCAUCGCCGUGGGGUGGCAGACGUAUCUCAGCUUUCUGAAUCGUCGGGCCGAGGAAGCCGAGGCGGCAGAAGCGAAGGUCGAGGUGGAUGAAAGUCCGGUGGAAGGAGUACUUGUCUCCACGCCCACACGGCCUCGAACACUACCUCGCACCCACAAUCGUACCCGACGCCAUGCCUCCAAUUCUUCGUCUUCUUCUUCGUCGUCGUCCUCUUCUUCGACUUCAAAAGCCACCGACUCCCUCCUAGUGGCUCGUGCCAAAACAGUUCUCUACGGAAGCGCCAUCGCCGGCUCCGUCUACCUAGCCUACUUGUAUGCGACCGACACCCGCGCCUCCUUCCACCGUUGGCUCGUCCCGCCACUCAUCCGGGCCUUCUUCCCCGACGCCGAAGACGCCCACCACGCCGGCACCACGGCUCUCAAGACCCUCUAUGCCCUAGGACUGCACCCGCGCGAGCGUGACGCCUCCCUUGCCUCCGACCCCGCCCUCGCCGUCGAAGUCUUCGGCACCACGCUCUCCAACCCCAUCGGCAUCUCGGCGGGUCUCGAUAAGCACGCCGAUAUCCCCGACCCUCUCUUCGCCCUAGGCCCCGCCGUUGUCGAGGUCGGCGGCUGCACGCCUUUUCCACAAGAGGGGAAUCCCCGCCCCCGCGUCUUCCGCGUGGUCGGUCUCCACGGCAUGGUGAACCGGUUCGGCCUCAAUUCCCGCGGCGCCGACGCCAUGGCCCGCACGCUCCGCGAACGCCUCCGCAUCUUCGCCCGCUCCCUCGGUCUGUCCGAGUCCCAGGUGCUCGACGGCGAGGCCGGCGUCAACCCGGGGAGUCUUGCGCCGGGCAAGCUCCUGGCCGUCCAGAUGGCCAAGAACAAACGCACCGACGAGCGCGACGUCCACGCUGUGGCGGCCGACUACGUCUACUGCGUCCGCGCCCUCGCGCGCUACGCCGACAUCCUGGUCGUCAACGUCAGCAGCCCCAACACGCCGGGCCUGCGCGACCUGCAGGCCGUGGGGCCCCUCACCACGCUGCUCUCCGCCGUGGUGGACGAGGCCCGCAAGACCGACCGCAAGACCAAGCCCAAGGUCAUGGUCAAGGUGUCGCCCGACGAGGACGAGGACAUGCAGAUGGAGGGCAUCGUGCAGGCCGUGUGCGCGAGCGGCGUCGACGGCGUCAUCGUCGGGAACACCACCAAGCGGCGGACCGGUGUCGUCCCGGACGGCGUCAAGCUGACGUCCCGGGAACAGAAGGCCCUGAUGGAAGAGGGCGGCUACUCCGGCCCUGCCAUGUUCGACCGGACCCUGGACCUCGUGAGCAGGUAUCGGAAGAUGCUCGAUGCGCGGACGCUGCAUCAUUCCGCUGCUGGCGAGGCGCCGGCCUCGGGCGAAAAGCAGGCCGCCGCUCGCGACGACCCGGAGCAGAAGGUCAUUUUUGCUACCGGUGGCAUCACCAAUGGGGAGCAGGCCCUCCGCGUCUUGAACGCCGGCGCCAGCGUCGCCAUGGUCUAUACUGGCCUCACCUACGGCGGGUCGGGAACCAUCACCCGUAUGAAGGGUGAGAUGAAGAAGGCUCUGUCGAAUGUAUAA